GGUACGUUCUGCAUAUUUUCUAAUUUAUUUUGUUAUGGAGUCAUGACGUCUGUCAGUGGGGAUGUAAAUACGUCCAAGUUGAAGUUUAGUGUGGAUAGUAUACUUGGGAACAAUGAAACCUCAUCAAGUGCCCAAGUGACGGAAGCGCGAACACAAGAGCCUCCUUGUGCAGGAUGUGUGGCUGCUUUAUACAGAUGCUGUAGAGAUGAACCCCCUCUUCUUCAGCUACAACUACCCUUGUCUUAUGCACAUUUGCAUCCUGCUUUAAGGCCUACGUCAGCUGUAUACCGACUUCCAAUACCAACAUCAUCGCCGACGCAAUCAGCAGCGCCGCGUUGCGACGUCUCCUCCAGCGGUAAAAGAAAACGUUCAUGGUCCCGUGCAGUCUUUAGCAAUUUACAACGAAAAGGCUUAGAAAGAAGGUUUCAAAUACAGAAGUAUAUUACUAAACCAGAUAGGCGGCAGUUAGCCGCUACGUUAGGCCUUACUGAUGCACAGGUUAAGGUAUGGUUCCAAAAUCGACGAAUGAAAUGGAGGCACACGAAAGAAGGCCGAGCGGGACUUGGUGCGGUCACUGCUCGUGAUCCUGACUCUACAGCCAACGAUGAUAACGAAGACAUAGACGUCGAUACAUUGAGUGAUUAGUGCAAAACACUUUCUUAUUGCUUAAGCUAUAU